AUGGACUCUGCCAGUCCGCAGCAGCAGCAGCAGAACAAUACCGCCGAGACGACGAACGGCGACGGCGAUGUGCUUAGCGGCGGCGACGAGAACAUGGAAGACGAUGAGUCACGAUCGCAGGCGACGUUCCGCUACGUGAUCACCAACUUCUCCAAGCUGAAGGAGUCGGUUCUCAGUCCGCCGACCUACGUCAGAAACUUGCCAUGGAAGAUCAUGGCAAUGCCACGAGUGGGUGGCACCGUCACCAACCAACACGGCUUGAAGAGUUUGGGCUACUUUCUUCAGUGCAACGGAGAGUCAGAGUCCACGAGCUGGUCGUGCAAUGCUUCCGCUGAUUUGCGUAUUCUCGCCCAGAAGGAAGGCUGCGAGCACAUUUCACGACGCAUCUCGCACAUCUUCUACAGCAAAGAGAACGACUGGGGCUUCAGCUACUUCACCAGCUGGGCGGAACUGACCGACCCGGCCAAGGGCUACCUGAAGGACGACACGCUCAUCCUCGAGGCGACGGUGACGGCGGACGCGCCGCACGGCGUCAGCUGGGACUCGAAGAAGCACACCGGCUUCGUGGGGCUGAAGAACCAGGGCGCCACCUGCUACAUGAACUCCCUCCUGCAGACGCUCUACUUCACCAACAAGCUGCGCAAGGCGGUCUACCAGAUGCCGACGGAGAGCGACGACAGCACGAAGAGCGUCGCCCUCGCCCUGCAGCGCGUCUUCUACGACCUGCAGUUCAACGACAAGCCGGUGGGCACGAAGAAGCUGACCAAGUCCUUUGGCUGGGAGACGCUGGACUCCUUCAUGCAGCACGACGUGCAGGAGCUCUGUCGGGUGCUGCUGGACAACAUGGAGAGCAAGAUGAAGGGCACCAUUGUGGAGGGCACCAUUCCCAAUCUGUUUGAGGGGAAGAUGAUUUCCUUCAUCCGCUGCAAGCACGUCGACUUCAGCUCCUCCCGCACCGAGCCCUUCUACGACAUUCAGCUGAACGUGAAGGACAAGAAGGACAUCUACGAGUCCUUCGUGGAGUACAUCAGCACCGAGCUGCUGGACGGCGAGAACAAGUACGACGCCGGCGACCACGGCCUGCAGGAGGCGGAGAAGGGCAUCACCUUUGAGUCCUUUCCGCCGGUGCUGCACCUGCACCUCCUGCGCUUCCAGUACGACCCGGCCACCGAUGCCAACGUGAAGAUCAACGACCGCUACGAGUUUCCCGAGAAGCUCAACCUGGACAAGUUUCUCUCGAAGCCGGAGCCGACGCCGGCCGACUACACGCUGCACGCCGUGCUGGUGCACAGCGGCGACAACCACGGCGGCCACUACGUGGUCUUCAUCAACCCGAAAGGGGACGGCAAGUGGUGCAAGUUCGACGACGACGUCGUCAGCUGCUGCCAGAAGGAGGACGCCAUCAACAACAACUACGGCGGCGGCGGGGAGCUGCCGCCGGAGGACACGACGCCGGUGAAGCAGUCCACCAACGCCUACAUGUUGGUGUACAUUCGCAACAGUGCGCUCGCCGACGUCCUCGUGCCGGUGACGAAGGACGACAUCAAGGAGCACCUGGUCUUGCGGCUGCUGGAGGAGAAGCGGCAGGAGGUGCUGCGCCGGAAGGAGCGCAACGAGCAGCACCUCUACGUGACGGCGAACGCCUACACCGAGGAGGCCAUCAUGACGUACAAGGGCGCGGACCUGGUCAGCGUCGACCGCUCGCCCUGCUUCACCUUCAAGGUGGCGCGGUCGGGCAGCUACCGCGAGACGGUGGCCGCCGUCGCCGAGCAGCUGCACUACCCGGCGGCCAGCAUUCGCCUGUGGCCCUUUCUGGCGCGGAACAACCACUCCUUCCGGCCGACGCGCGUCCACGAGACGGAGACGGCGGGCAGCUUUCUGGACAGCGCCACCGGCGGGGCGGUCUUUGUGGAGAUGGCGCCGCCGACGGUGCCCGUGCCGCCGCUGCCCGUCUCGGAGAAGGAUGUGCACGUGCUCAUCUUCUUCAAGUAUUACGACAUUAAGAACUCCUUUCUCACGUACUGCGGCCUGGCGCACGUCGAGCGCCGCACCAAACUGGUCGACCUCCUCGAGCUGAUGUGGGCGAAGGCGGGCCUGGCGGUGGGCACGCCGCUGAAGAUCUACGAGGAGGAGUACCACAGCUGCAUCCACCCGAUGAUCAACUUCGAGCUGGCGCUGGAGGACGCCGUCAAUGAGCUGAUGGACGGCGACAUCAUCGCCUUUGAGCGGAACGACGUCAUUCCGCCGCAGGACGGCCCCUCCGGCCUGCUCGAGUACUUCCAGGACCUGCUGCACCGCGUGGAGGUGCUCUUCUGUGAUAAGAACGUCCCCAACGACCCGGGCUUCCUCCUGGAGCUGUCGAUGAAGAUGACCUACAAUCAGAUCGCCGCGGCGGUGGCCAUGCGCCUCGGCACCGACCCCAUGAAGUUGCAGUUCUUCAAGAACCAGAGCAGCUACCGCGAGGGGCCGGGCGGGGCGCUGCGCUGCAGCUACGAGGGCACCCUCAAGGACAUUCUGCUGUACUUUAAGCCCCGCCAGCCGAAGAAGAUCUUCUUUCAGCAUCUCAACAUUAGCAUCCACGAGCUGGAGAACAAGAGACCCUUCAAGUGUACAUACGUCAACACCAAGCUGAAGGAGGAGGAGAUGGAGCUCUUCCCCAACAAGUCCGGCACCGUCACCGACCUGCUGCUCGAGGCGGCGAAGAAGAUCAAGUCGGAGACGGCCGGCGGCCACCUGCGACUGCUGGAGAUUGUCAGCUGCAAGAUCAACCACAUCAUCCCCAAUGACAUCAUCCUCGAGUGUCUGAACCCGGCGGGCACCAAGAGCUACCGCGUGGAGGAGAUUCCCAACGACCAGGUGAAGCUGGAGCCGAAUGAGUUCCUCCUCCCGGUGGCCCACUUUCAAAAGGAGUCCUACCAGACCUAUGGCGUGCCAUUUCUACUCAAGGUGAAGAAUAACGAGUCAUUCGUCACUGUCAAGGAGCGAAUUCAAAAGAAGCUGGACGUCUCUGAUAAGGAGUUUGAAAAGUACAAGUUUGCCAUCAUCUCGCAGCGAGUCAACUACAUCACCGACGAGGUGAAUCAGAUCUUCAAGAAGGAGGAUCACGCCAUCAACUAUUCAACCGCCUACAACAACGCGCCCAAGCUGUGGCUAGGCCUGGAUCACGUGAACAAGACGCCGAAGCGCUCUCGCUACACUCACUACGAGAAGGCCAUCAAGAUUCACAACUGA